AUGAUAGGCAUCCUAUUAUUGCCGUUGUGCCUUGCGCGAUCACCAAAUGGAACUCGCCGUUGUCUGGACGGGAAAAAUUACAUCUUCUACGAGGCCGCAGACAGACCUACCGACACCGGCGAGUGCUGCACGGGAUUUUCCAGGGAUGAAGAUGGAAAUUGUGUUGCAGAUAUCGUUCAACAUACAUUUCCAUUGUCCGCAGUACCCCGUUUUGCUGCUGCUAUCAGUCUCGUAUUAAUUGCAUGGAUCUUGAUUAUUGUCUUCUCGAUGGUGAUCGCCUAUGUGACGAUGAUGGAAAGAAAUAGAAAAGUAAAUCGUAUUUCGACGAUUGAUGAACACUUAACAAGAAAACGACUUACUCAACCAUUCUCUGCAAUCUGCAUCUCAACCACUGACAAUCUAGAACCCACUGAAGUAUAG